UAAUAGAGACUUGAACGUUCAAUGCGGUAUGUGAUUAGACACGGGAUUAAGUCUAUAGUGUAAUUAACUAAGUCUUCAGCGAGGGGGAGCAACCGUGACGAUGUUGUGCGGGGUGACGGUGUGUUGACGGGACAUACAUACAUAUAUGAGUUGAGAUAGUGGCCAAGUGUUUACCAGUGUGUGCGUAAAGUAUUUAAUGAAAUACGCAGUUACCAAGGCAAUGCGUGUUUUGUGUGUGCACUAGUACCUACAUAAGUGUAAGUGUUCGCUUGGCAAAAGGAAAUUUUUGGUGAAUUUCGGACUUUGAAGUAAUUGCUGAUCUGAGAAAAUAUGUAUGUAUGUAUUUAUUCAUCAACUCGGGGAUAUUGGCGAAAACGAAGGGCGGAUGAAGAAGCGUUGGAAUUGAGAAAAUCAUUAUAAACGGUUUCGGGUUGAGUACAUUCUCUUUAUCGCCGUGGAAAUAAAUUGAAGAAUAAAUAUUUCUAUUAUGCACACAUUCUUGGUCAUGUAUGUAUUUACAUACAUACGUGCAUGAACAAAUUUGAUAAGGAUAAUUUAAAACUAAUUAAAUGACUGCAGUGAUAGGGCUGCCAUCAAAUGUGUUUCGCUAAUAAGAAGAUUUUACAGUGCAUGUAUAGAAGCCGUCGUUAAACCGCGAAAUGAUUUAACAAAAAACAUGCAACUUUUCUUCAAACUGUGAAAAGAACUAUAGCUGAAAAAGCUCUGUAACAACGCCGCCCAAAACUUCUAAUUACCAAUCAAAAAAUAAUUCCACACAAUUCCAUACCGUUUUUCAAUCAACACAUCCGCCAUCAGCCUCUUCGAGAGAAUGAGCGGUCUCGGACCCGCCGCCUGCUGGCUUGCUCACAAACGUAUCGAAUCGUGGUCGCGUAUGGCCAAGGAGCGUGUCGGCGCCGUGCGUCGCGUAACUCUCGAUCGCAAUUCGGAAGAUAAUAAUGGUGCGACGACAUCUGCGUCAUCCACACCGCCGCCACCGCCUAUGACGCCACCACCAUCCGCUUCGUCGGUAACAUCGACCACCAGUGGGAUUGGCAGUGGGGCGGGAAGCGUCAGCGAUAGCUAUGAUUUACCAACGGACUCUGAGGUUUUUGAGAAACUUUGCCCAUUUACAGAGGUGAAUGUCGUGAAAGAGACACAGCCCAUACAACCACCAUCCACUUUGGGCGGUUCAGCUCACAUUAUAAAUGCAGACGUGCUGCGGGGUCCGACAGAGGCUCUUCAUAGCCCAUUACACUUACAUCACCAGAGUCGUUCUUUUCCUCCGCGCCUGCAGCGCACGCCAUCUAUAUCUAGUCAAUCGAGCGUGGAUAGCGCACCAUCAAGACAUUCGGCACACCGUGGCUCAUCACCUCAGAUUCGUACAUUCGGGCCCGAUGGACGAAGCUCACAUCCGGCCGACCCCGGCUUUCCUCAUCACUUAGCUCGUUCACCAAGUCCAAUGCGUACAAUUUCACUUGAUGCCCGUUGCGGUAGUCCCGCUUCGACUGAUGUGAGUGACUUGCGUACGCCCAGCCCCUCUCAAAGUAGCCUCGCCUCGAUAGCCGGAGGAUCGGCUGCUUCCAAUAUAAGCAUGACCACGGCAAAGGUCGGUCGGUGUCUCUCGCCUCUCUUAAUUCCGCCACGCACGCCAGCGGGUGUGGACCCUGCCAUUGGACCAGCCUCGCCAUUAGGUGCUUUGCAGCCCGACCUGUAUCGUGUUCCAGACGGCCCGAUGUAUUUGACAGCACCUGAGUCCAGUCCAGCUCUUGGACGCUUGCAUUUGCGUGUGAAAUACGACUAUCAUCUUUUCGAUUUGACUGUACACCUGAUCGAAGCUCACAACCUUUGCCCGAUUGAGGAGGGAGGUUUUCGCGAUCCAUAUGUGCGCGUUCUGCUUGAGCCUGAAGUAGACAACCGAAAACGACAGACACAUAUACAUCGGGGUGAAUCAAAUCCAUACUUUGAUCAGCAUUUCAAGUUCCCCGUUUCACGCGACCAGCUCCAAGGCAAAGAACUCAAAUUGCAAGUUUUAGAUUAUGAUCGUUACUCUCACAAUGACAUAAUCGGAGAGAUACGCAUCUCUGUAGAUGAAUUGGAUCUGUCUAAAUCGGUGGAGAUCUGGGGGGACUUGUUGCGUGUCAAGAAGCCACAAGAAAAUCGACCUGAACUCUUAUGUUCGCUUAACUAUUUACCGCAAGCCGAACGUCUAACAAUUGUAAUUAUGAAGGCAAAGAACUUAGAUACUCUACAAGAACCCUAUGUUAAGAUUUACCUCAUUCAAAAUGGGAAAAGAGUUAAGAAGAAGAAGACAAGCAUUAGCAAAUCUGACGAUCCUGUUAAUCCCAUAUGGAAUGAAGCGUUCACAUUUAACUUACAAUCUGCAUACUUGCACAAUGCGGCGAUAGAGAUUUACGUUGUUGGCUCAGGUGGAGAAGCAACAGAAAUUGGCAGCUGUGGCCUUGGUCCACAAGAAAUCGGUACUGGCUGCCAGCAUUGGCAUGACAUGAUCAAUAAUGCGCGUAAGCCGACAGCAAUGUGGCACUUCAUACGUUAAAAACAAUUUAUUUUAUGUAUAAAUAUACACAUAUAUAUAUUUAGCUAAACACAUUCAUAAAUACAUACAUACAUAUGUAAGUAUUUACAUUUCUAAAUAAAUGUAUAGCGACGUGGCGUGCAUACGUACUUAUAUAUGUAUAUAUGUACAUAUGUGCAAAUAUCUGUGGGAUUCACAACGGUGUCUUAAGUGUCGCAUUGUUGUAUGGACCUUAAAAGCUUAAAAAAAGGCUUUAGAGAACUUAAAACCACAGCCAACUAUUUUUUAACACUGCGAAAAUUCAUAAUAUGACUUUGAUGGUCCUUUCUGAACCCUCUUAAUAAUUUUUUUUUGGCGUUUAAAGUUUACGAUAUACAACAAUACGACACUUACGACACCGCUGUGAAUACCCCAACCGUCUAUAUGCAAAUACACUUUUUAAGCUUUCUCCGAAAA